AUGAAGGAAAAGAAAAAUUGUUAUAAAGAUAAAUCAAAAACAGAUAAUAAUAUGAUUGAUGAGCAAUUUAAUGUAAUCCCCAAUAUUGAGAGGGAAAUUGAAAAUUUAUUAAAAAUUUUUAAUAUUAAUAAAUAUGAUUAUAAAAUAAAUCAUUUUUUAAUAGAUAUAAUACAAAGUGAAAUACUUAAAAUUUUAAGAAAGGCAAAAAAUAUACAAAAAAUAAAGGAGAGGCAAUUUUUGGGAAAUUCAAACGAUCAUAUUCAUACGGGAAAUAAAGAUAAUGAUGACAAAAAUAAGAUAGGAGAAAGUAUGAAUAAAAGAAAUUUCUGUAGUAAAGAAGAUAUUUUAGAAAAAAAUAACAAAAUUCAUAAUAGUAUGAAUAUGAAUAUAAAAAAUGAAAAGGGUCAAGAAUUGAAUGAAGUUAAAUUUUCUAAUAGUUUGGUAUCUAAUUUAAAUGAAGAAAAUUGUAAUAAAAAAUUAUAUCAAGAAACUUGUGUUAGUGCAAGUAAUUAUAAAGAAAAGAUAGAAAAUUAUAAAGAUGAAGAAGCAUUAAAUAACAAUAAGCUAGAAAUAGAAAAAGAUUAUAUAUAUAAAAAUGAUGCAAAUAAUAUAAUAGAACAAAAUAGAGUAAAUAAAUUUUCUAGUAAUAUAGGAAUAAAUACAAACAACUUUUUAAAUGAGAAAAGUGGGAAUAAUGAAUUAAAAAAAGAAAAUUGCGAAUUAGAUAAUAAAAAUAAAUUAAAUGAAAGUAAAAUAAAUAUCCCAGAAUUUAGUGAUAUUAAUAAAUAUUCAAAUAAAAUAUAUGACAUUAAUGAAAAGUCAGCAACUAAUGCUCUUGCAAAUAGAAAUAUGAAGGAUAAAGAUAAAAAAAUUAGUGAGAAUGAAAUAAAUGAGAAAAUAAAUAAUAGUUGUAAUGAAGAAAUUUGUAAUCAGAAAUAUGUAAAUAAUAAUGAUAUUGGUUCUAAUAAUACCAAUGCCUAUAAAAAUAAUUAUGAUGACAAUAAUAAUGACGAUCAUGUGAAUAAUAACAAUAAUAAUAAUAACAACAAUAUUACUGAUAGCAAUAAUAAAAAUGGUAAUAAUAUAGGUAAUUUUUAUAACAGUAAUAAUGAUUAUGUAAAUAUUGAUAAUAAUAAUAAUAAAACUGUUGCCACUAUUACUACUACUUUUAGUAAUAAUAUUGAUAAUAUUUUUAACAAUAACAAUGAUAAUUUGAAGAAUGAUAAUAAUAAUAAUAAUACUAAUGUGAAUAAUAAUAAUAAUAAUGAUAAUAAUAAUAAUAAUACUAAUGUGAAUAAUAAUAAUAAUAAUAAUAAUGAUAAUAAUAAUAAUAAUAAUAAUAAUAAUAAUAAUAAUAAUAAUAAUAAUAAUAAUAAUAAUAAUAAUAAUAAUAAUACUAAUGUGAAUAAUAAUAAUAAUAAUAAUAAUACUAAUGUGAAUAAUAAUAAUAAUAAUAAUAAUAAUAAUAAUAAUAAUAAUAAUAAUACUAAUGUUAAUAAUAAUAAUAAUGAUAAUAACAAUAAUAAUGAUAAUAAUAAUAAUACUAAUGUUAAUAAUAAUAAUAAUAAUAAUAAUAAUGAUAAUGAUAAUAACAAUAAUAAUAAUAAUGAUAAUAAUAAUAAUAAUAAUACUAAUACUAAUGUUAAUAAUAAUAAUGCAAGUAAUGAACGUCUUUUAAGUGAAAAUAUAAAUAAAAAAGAGACUUAUAAUGAAUUAUUAAUAAUUGAUGAAGAAAGUGUAAACCUAGCUAUAAAGGAAUAUGUACUGAAAUCUAUAUAUAAAAAAAAAAAUACUGAUUUUUUAUAUGAUGAAUCAGUAAUUCAACAAAAAGAUAUAGAUAAUUAUCACUCUCAUAGAAAUAUAAAAUAUCCUACUGGGCUUCCUCCUUAUUUGCCUGAUGAUUGUUCAAUUAAUACAAUUUUACCCUCAUGGGAUUUAACAUAUAAUUUUCAAUAUUCAAAAAAUUAA